AUGUACCGGACGGGGAGCUCGGGUCGUGUCUCCGACGAGUUUUUCUCGAGCGCGACUAAAACGUCGGCCCAAACAGCUGACGGCGAUCACGAGCAGCAGCAGCUUCUCCCGACGCACAGACCGGAAUCUCACCCGCCCAAAAAGGACAAGAUUCGCUUCAGAUCUGCCGAGACCGCCGUUCACUCCAUCCCUCUGGUGCUCAUCCUCUGCGCCGCCAUCUUGUGGUUUUGCUCUGCACCAGUUGACAUGAGCGACUCCAUUGCUGCCAGAGUGAAGAUUUAG